UGUAGAAGGAAGUUGAUAUAGCAUGGACGGGAAUAAUUGGAGGGCGGCGCAACCUCUGGCUGAGCCUCAGGGUGGUGACCCCAUCGCCAUUGCUGCGGCGGCGGCACCGGCUCCCGGAGCUAUGGAGACGGGCGAUUGGCGGACUCAAUUUCAACCGGAGCACAGGCAGAGGGUUGUCCACAAGAUAAUGGAGACUUUAAAGAGACAUCUUCCCUUCUCUGGAGUCGAGGGACUACAGGAACUUAAGAAAAUUGCAGUGAGGUUUGAGGAAAAAAUUUAUACUGCUGCAACAGAUCAGUCAGAUUAUUUGCGGAAGAUAACCUUGAAGAUGUUAUCUAUGGAGACAAAAUCACAAAAUCCCAUGGCUAAUCCUCUGCAGGCUAAUGUUGCCAAUAGCAGUCAAAAUCCCUAAGGAACAGGUUCACAUCCAAUGCAACCCCAAGCUAAUAACCAAGUGCAGCAACUUUCUGUUCUUAUGGUAACCAAUCAAUCUCAAGCCCGGCAGCAACUACUUUCCCAAAAUAUUCAGAACAAUAUUACAUUAUCUAGAAUGUCGAAUUCUACUAGUUUUUCACGCGCAUGGCGCGAAUGUGAACUCUUUGUUUUGCAAGCGUAUGUUGAUA